AUCCAGCUUCUAAAGAGGCUACACCAUCCUAACAUCAUACAACUCGUCGACGUCCUCCAGAAUGAUGAGAAGCAAAAAAUGUAUCUCUUCAUGGAGUAUUGUGUAAGUGGACUACAGGAUAUGUUGGAUGCUGCAGAGUGCAAGAAGUUCCCCAUCUGGCAGGCUCAUAAUUAUUUCAGUCAGCUAGUUGAUGGGUUGGAGUACCUGCAUAGCCAGCAUGUGGUCCACAAAGACAUCAAGCCGAGCAAUCUUCUUCUUACCACCGCCGGCGUUCUCAAGAUAUCAGACUUUGGUGUGGCAGAGCUUCUUGACCAGUUCACAGAAGACGACGCGUGUCGGACAAGCCAGGGGUCACCGGCCUUCCAACCACCUGAGAUAGCCAAUGGACAAGACGUGUUCUCAGGGUUCAAGGUGGACAUAUGGUCAUCUGGAGUCACACUAUAUAACAUUGUAACGGGUAAAUUCCCCUUUGAAGGGGACAACAUCUAUAGAUUAUUUGAAAACAUCGGGAAGGGGGAAUACACCAUCCCAGAAGAUGUACCACCGCAACUCACAAAUUUAUUAGAAGGUAUGCUUUGUAUCGAUCCAGACAACAGGCUGAAUGUACAUCGAAUCAAGGAACAUGUAUGGGUGAGGAAAAAACACGAUAUAAUCGGAGACCCAGCGCAACUUCCUCUCCUCCCCGAUAGCUGUGAUGAGGUACGGAGCAUGACUGUAGUCCCGUAUAUAGAAGACAUGUUCAACCCUUGUCCGUCGGAGGACGGUAGCUAUUCAGAUGAGUACUAUGAAGACAGAGAACAGUACAGUGCCCAAGCUUGUCAAGAUGCCCCUGAGAUUGUUGUAGAACCCGAUGAGAGCUCAGACCCAAGCCCGGAUGCAGAGGAACCUCAGAAGCAGAAGAAAGUCAGCAAGGUGAGGAAACUCAGUUCCACCUGUAAACAACAAUAGAACGUUCCCACCUCGACCCUCCGUAAGCUGUGUCUCUACACAGGCAUCUGGAUUGCUCCAUCUUGCGAUGGGGGUGGCAGCGUGUCUUGCUGGCUGUGAUGUCGGUUGGACCAAGGCAGUGUGGAUUCUUAUGUCAACUGAUGCCGGGCUUAAUUGAUGAGAAAGGAUUUUUUUUAAUGUUUGCAAAGUAUGAUGAGGUUGCUUUUUCCCCCAGUUAAUGCAUCAAGAACUCUGACCAGGAAUUCUUCUAGUUCACUUGGAAAGUAUGCUAAACAGCUACAUGAAAAGUCUUGUUUAAAGCACUAUUAGCCAAUGUAUCCUGCAGCAGUGGAGGAUCGCUUGCAGAGGAGAGUGGGAACACACCCUGUGACAUCAUUCAUCUCACCCAUGUACAUAAUCAAGAAAAAAAAAGAAACAUGAAUUGUAAAGUAUACCAUUCAUGUUGGUGCAUGGAAUUUACUAAAAUAUGUUUACAUUAAUCUUUAUUCUACAACUUUUACGCAAGAGCAUCAGAAAGAUGUGUCUACAAUAUUGGGGUUUGUAAAUGAGAGAAAUCAGGUCUUUCUCAUUUUUGAGGAAAGAAUUUCAAAGUGUGUUUAAACAUGAGUGUGUUUGAUAACAUGCUAAUGAUUUCAUGUGUGUGCCAUAUUCAUAUCGAGGAUAAAUACGAGUACCAGUGAUAUGCCAAUAUGCCAGCCUGUUUUGUGUUUUGCUCUCUAUAAUAAAUAUAAUCAUGUCUGAUAUUGAUAUUAAUAUAUUGGACAUGACAUAUUGUAACGAAAAGCAAAUCUGAUGCCGAAUGAUUACAAGCGACAAGACUCCUGGGUCCCGUAACACAAUAGCGAUUAAUCGUACGCUUGAUUUUUACGAUUGAUUGUACAUUGUCUAUGGAAUCAGUCAUAGAAAUAUGUUCUACAAUCAUUGCUAAUCUUUUUGUUGCGGGCCACUGGUGUGAGACACUGGCUUCGCCAUGGCAAACCUCUUGCUGUAAUUGCAAAAAUUGCUAUUUAAUCACAUUUAAAGACAUAUGACAAGGCCCACACAUGUGAACAUGCUGGAAACCCAUUUUUUUAUUGAUUGAGAAUGAUCGGAAAACAGUUCGCAAGUACUCUCCCUGCCACCAAUCCCUUUAGAUAUAAACUCCUAGCUUUAGUGUAAUGAAAUGACACUUGUAUUAAUAUGAAGCCAUACAGUUCACGUAUAGUACAUGUUAAAUUAUACAGAGGAUUGCAAAUAUGUGGAUUAUUAUUUUUCUACUGUAACAUUGUAAUUUUUCUCUGUCUUCCUUUCAGUAAUUUGCCUUGUGAGAAUGAGUGUGAACGCUGCCCUCAUUGGUCGAAAGGUGUAAUUUUAGCACGCUCGGCCACCUAGUACUGCACAUUUACCAUGUCCAUUUUGUUUAUUGCAGAAUACAAAUGGCUAUUAUGAGGAAGAUCAUACAUGCUUCUUACUAGUAGUAUCUAUAAAGCUUUCUUGGUGUUGAAUAAUCCGGUCACAGCAUGGUUUUCAUCAUCCACAUGUACUCCAUUUGCAAUAUUUGCCAAGAGUUGGCUUGUAUGCGUGCCCCAGGUUUUCUUUAUCCUGGCCCAUCUACAUGUAAGUCAGUCUAGUCAUUGUCGCUUUCGUGUUUUGCUUUAUGAUAUAACACUCAUUUUUGGUGAGCAUCACUGUCUAAUGCUUGAAUAUGAUAACUGGGCACCGUUGAACUGUCGUGGAUUGCCAUCACACGUUAUAUAAUCUAUAGCACAAUCUUUUUUUUAAAGUGCAUUUUGGUCAUUUUCCUCAACAUUUUAUAGAGAAGUCAACGCACUUUAUAUUCAUACACAUAGGCAGAAUUAUAGUUAUUUGUCUUAUGCAAUUAAAGUUACAAUGUUGUUUUAGAUGGUAUACUACAUUACUUUCGCACAAAUACAUCCAUUCACGUUUUAGAUAGACUUCCUUUCCAUUCUUCAUCCAUUUCUCACAUAUGAAACUCUGCACCAUUGCGCUUUAUUUGAGACAGAUUUUUGUCAUGAAAUUCAAAAUUUGCACGAGAUAUAGUUUGUAAUGCAUGGUAGACUAUGGAGAUUUGGAAAUACUAUUUUGAUUUAAAUGUACUACACAUAGUUUCUAUUGUAGUCAACCAAAGACACUUGCAGUUUCCUCAGUUUGUUUAAAAAAGAAAAUUUACAUUUUCAUUAAAAUGCACAAAGUGAAUUUGUUGUCACAUGAAUCACAUAUUAACUCUCAUUCGAGAGUGAAAUUCAAGGCAGAUCGCAUUAGUAUCUCAAUAUCAUUCAUAGAAAGGAAUAAGAAAGUGAAAUCAAUUUGUUGUGAAGUAUUUCAAGGACAGGAAUCUUAACACAAUUGUAUUAAUUACCAAGCAUAUCUGAAUCACUUAUACUCAUUAAGAAAUAAUUAAUACAUUUCCAUCUGUAUAUUCACAUGGACUUUGGAUAGGACCAAAGCGUUUUGUAGAACUCUAAAAGUUACGAGCAAUUAUUGACACUGCUUGGUCUAUUAAAGUUAGAAGCAUCUGCAAGAUAUUGUGUAAAUUUCAUCUACAAAAGGUUUCAUUUGUUUAUAUGUAUAUAUGAAUUACUGGUAAAAAAAAAUACAUUAUUACAUUGUCCCUCUAAACAAGACGGUUGGUGGGAUAGUGUAACAGUUAUGCAAUAUAUUAACACCGAUGCAAGUUGUAAGGUAUCAAGUUUCAUUUUACAGUGGGUGAUUCUAAGUUUGAAGUUUAACUCCGGUGUUAGGGCUGAUUAUAGGGAAAACAAACACCAGUCACAACACCCUACUUGAAGUGAGGCUGGUGUUUGGAUUAAUAUCAUUAAGUGUAAAGUUAUCAGUUACAGGAUAAGUAUCAUUUACUAAACCUAGUUGGUGUAAAAACUCAGUUCAGUAGUGUGGUUUGCACUGUUAAGGCCAAUACUAACACCCAACACUAAUGUUAACACCCAACACCAAACUUGAAAUCACUGAUUUUAAGAAAGGGUAUGUUCAUGUACAUUCUCUUUGUGUAUCACCAUAGAGAAGAAGCAUGUUAAGCAUUUCAUUAAUGCAUGGUUGUUCAUGUAAUUCCUUAAGUACUAGCAUUUGAUGAAAAUAUACUUUGAUUUUCUAACAAAGUUGGUUGUGCGAGUUACAGAUGUGAAUUGUUUGAAAAUGUUGAUUAUUCUAGCAAAAUAAGACCAAACUUAAAAAAAUAGAAUAUGAAUUCAUAACAAUUUUAUUUAUGAGGUUACAAGUACUUGAAAAUUAAAAAUUUUGUUUCAGUACGUUGCUACUUAUAAAAAUUUUCCUUUUUUAAACCAAUGACUUCAUAAGAAAAUCACUUAGAAUAUUUUAAUAAAGUGUACAGAGGGAAAGGAAAGAAAAGGAAAAAUAGUUGUCCUUUAAGAGAUACCACUCUCAUUUUUAUACUCCUUGACUUGUGCAUGGACUAGAUUUGUUGAAAUUCCUCUUGGUUUGUAAAAAUUUUCAUGUACAGUACAUAUAUCAUCAUGUGCCAAAAUCGAAAUAAAUUCCAUUGUUGAAUUGGUUGUUGAAGUCAUGAUAGGGGGUCAAGAUAUUGAAUAGGCUGCGUGCUUCUUGGAUGUGUUUGAUACUUAAGUAAAUUUUUUAUUAAUUUUUUUUUGUGUGCAGGUAUGCAUGUAUUGCUUUUACAUCUAUUUGUUAAUCUUUUUUUUUAAAUCAAACAUUGUUUCUUGAAAGAUGAAUAGAUUAAUGCAUUAAUUAAGUCACUGUUCUUUGUUUUAUCUGACUCAAAGUGCCAUUAAUGAGCAGCUAAAGUUACUUGGAUUUUCUUUUCUUCUACUUGUGAAGCUUUAUUAUCUUAAAAUCUAUAGGGUUUUUCAUUUCUUACAUAAUGGUCACUAUAGUUGUACAAUUUCUUAAAUGAUUUUUCUUAACAAUGUUUAACCUGUUUUGUUACUUCUCUAUUUGCUCGUGUGUAUUUGGAAUAUGUCCAAAUAAUUGAUUUAACAACUUGACUAGCUAUCCAAAGAGAACUAUUAUAUAUUUUCUGUUUUAUGUUAUUUGUAUAUAAAUGUUGUGAUAUAUUGUUUGAUCAAUCAGAAAUCAUAUACACCAUGAUAUCCCCAGUAGAUUGAACUGGUGGUGACAGACGGAUAAUGUUUUGGCAGUUCACUUUUUUUUUUAGUUCACAUGUCUGAACAGAAUGGUAUUGGAAAGUGUUUUGUGAUUAGAGGCAUUCUGCAAGAAAAUAUUUGCAUAAAUUGCAAGUUUUUGUUGCAAUUUUACAAUUGAUAAGAUUAUUUUGGAUGUAGAAAAUCAGUUUAUACUCUUGUUGCAGAAGAAUAUCAGUGGUUGAGUGCAAAUAUGUAAUUAAUUGCACAACAUAUGAUUGGUUUGGGUACCCCAAAUAGAUUUGCGAUUGAUUCUUGUAAUGCCCAAAUAGGCUAUGGAUAACAAUUAAGUGAGAAUAAGGAAUGGCUUCACGAAGAGUUAAGUGUGACCUAAAUUCAGACUUCAGGUCCCACUUGCGUGUGGUAUAAAAGACAUCACUGCAUUUGUCAGACAUGACACCGAAAAGUCAUCAGUGGGAUUUUGUGUUGAAUGCCAUAUGUGUAUUGCCCAUUUAGCAAUACUUUAUCUUUUAUUUAAGUUCCAGUUUGAUUUCAACAGGACAGCCUCUUCAGUUGACAAACUGCUAUCACUGAGGGCCCUGCAAACUUUAAAUCACACUUAAUUCUUUUUGUUGGAAGAUCAAAGUUUCUUGUAUUUAGAAGAUCAUUUUCAUGAUACCUCAAAUACAUUAAUUCCAAUUUUGUAAAAGUAUGAAUAACUUUGCAACUGUGUACUAAAUUUGGCAAAAAAAAAGAAUUUUGGAUUGAAAUAGAAUGUUUGGAUUAUGCUUACACUGAAAAUGUUUAUUCAAAGGGUACUGUAAUUGGUUAAGUUAAAGAGAGACUCGUUUUCAAUUUUGCCCAUUAUCACGCUUUUGCCUUAACAGUGGCAUCACAAGACAUGAAUGCUCGCUAUGUCUGAGGAUCGGCUCUGGCAAAGUCAUUCUGUUGGGGAUAUGAUGAUGUAUAUGAUGUAGCAAACACUAUAUGCUCCGUUAAUCUUUGUUUUAUAAACAAAAAAAAGAGUGGGAAACAAGAGAACAUGUUAUUAUAGUGCAAAUGUACAGAGAAUAUUAAGAAAAAAAAAGGUUUGGGAUUUCCCUCCCACUUUUUGGAGGGAGUCUUGCAAAGAGGAUAUUUGUAAAAAUGUACAGAGAGGACAGAAUGUAUAAAUGUCGAUAGUGAGAAGUGUUUGUAUAUAAAGUUUAUGUGUGUUGUAUAAAGUUAAUUGAUCGCCAUCCAAUGGUUCCAAGUGUGUGAUUGUUUCAAUUGAGGGAGUAAAGAGUUUAAUAUCUUUUCUUAAUGUCUUACGGAUAACUAAUUUCUUGCGAUUGUAUCCCCCCAGAUGUAUUGAUUUAUAUGACUUGGAUAGUGUAUUGCUCAUUUUGUUAGAAUAGGGGAGUGGAUGAAAGUUUGAAAAAUGCCAUGUUUAGUAGGGUUAUAUUCAUAGCAAGGAAUAUGGACAUUCUAUGUGUAGAAUCCAUUCUCAUUAAUCAAAAGAUUGUUAUUCCCACUGAUAAUUGAUUUUUUUUUCUAGCUCAGAUUGAGAUGAUUUUCCCGCUUUCGCAUGUCACAACUCAUUCAUUGCAGUGUAUUGUCUGCCCUCAAUUCAUUCACAGCACAUGUAGUGACAUAAUACUAUCAUGUGCAUUGCUAUUGGUGAAGAAUGAGGUUGUAUUGGACUUGUUUUGAUAUGAUGUAUGCUGAAAUAUUUCUUGUACACUAUCUGUUUUCUACACUUUGAAUAUAAAAUCAGGUACUUUA